AUGGAGCGAAAAGAUCCUUCGAGCAAUUGGAAAAAGCUUCAGCAGACUCUGAAAUCCAGCAAUACUACGACUGGUAAGAGUUCAGCCACGAAAAAACAGACAGCAACUGGUAGCUCAGUAUACAAUGGUGGUGUGAGGAGGAAACUACCAUUAUCCUCCAAAACUUUUACCAAAACUAAGGGGGACACCUAUCGUGGACACGAAUCUAAGCGGCGGAAGACCAUGUCCACAGUUACGGCGGCUACUGAUGAAGAUAAUGCAGCGAAAGCGCUUUCAGGUCAACAAUCAUCUGACAAGGACCUAGUGAAUAUAGGCCUCUCUUCUGAUGUCGAAGUGGGAAAAUACGUUGCGAUAGACUGCGAGAUGGUUGGUGUAGGACCAGACCCUGAUAGAGACUCGGCUCUCGCCCGCGUCAGUAUUGUGAAUUAUAAUGGUGAUCAAGUCUACGAUUCAUACGUCCGACCUAAAGAAAUGGUUACCGAUUGGCGCUCGGCGAUAAGCGGCAUCCUCCCAAAACAUAUGGCUGAGGCGCGAUCGCUGGAGACUGUCCAGCAGGACGUGGCCAAAUUACUCGAUGGGCGUAUCCUCAUCGGCCACGCUGUAAGAAACGAUCUGGAAGCCUUGUUACUCAGUCACUCAAAACGGGAUAUUAGAGAUACCAGUCGAUACCCGCCAUACCGGAAGUUGGCAGGGGGUGGAUCACCAAAGUUGAAGAUUCUAGCUUCGGAGUUGUUAGGGUUGGAGAUACAAGGCAGUGCACACUCGAGUGUUGAAGAUGCGAGGGCUACAAUGAUGCUUUUCCGUAGGGACAAAGAUGGUUUUGAGAAGGAACAUGCGAAGAGGUGGCCUGCUCGGCCGGCUCUUGUAGAUGGUGGAUCUGGAGAACAGAAGAAGAAAAAGAAGCCCAAGAAGAAGAAAAAGUGA